AUGGAUUCACUCACCCUCCUCUGCACCGCCGGCCUCCUAAUCGCCGGCGGACUUUACUGGUUCGUCUGCGUCCUCGGAUCUGCCGAGCAGAAGGGCAAGCGCGCCGUCCACCUAUCCGGCGGCUCGAUCUCCCGCGAGAAGGUCGAGGACACCUACCGCCAGUACUGGUCAUUCUUCCGCCGCCCAAAGGAGAUCGAGACCGCCGAAAAGGUCCCCGCCUUCGUCGACUCCUUUUACAACCUCGUCACCGACAUCUACGAGUGGGGAUGGGGACAGUCCUUCCAUUUCUCCCCCUCCCUCCCCGGAAAAUCCCACCGCGACGCCACGCGCCUCCACGAGGAGAUGGCCGUCGACCUCCUCUCCGUCGGGCCGGGGGCACGCAUCCUCGACGCGGGCUGCGGGGUCGGCGGCCCGAUGCGGGCCAUCGCGGCCCACUCCGGCGCGAAGGUCGUCGGGAUCACCAUCAACGAGUACCAGGUGAAUCGGGCUCGGGCCCACAAUAAAAAGGCCGGGCUGGACGCGCUCUGCGAGGUCGUGUGCGGCAACUUCCUCCAGAUGCCUUUCGAGGAUGCAAGCUUCGACGGGGCCUACUCGAUCGAGGCCACGUGCCACGCGCCUAAAUUGGAGGAGGUUUACAGCGAGAUCUACCGGGUCCUAAAACCCGGAUCCAUGUACGUUUCGUACGAGUGGGUCACGACGGAUCUGUACCGGGCGGACGACCCGGAGCACGUGGAGGUUAUACAGGGGAUCGAGCGUGGGGACGCACUGCCGGGGCUCCGGAGCUACAGGGACAUAUCCGAGGUGGCGAAGCGGGUCGGGUUCGAGGUGGUGAAAGAGCAGGAUCUGGCGAAGCCGCCGGCCGGGCCGUGGUGGACCCGGCUGAAGAUGGGUCGGAUCGCGUACUGGAGGAACCAUUUGGUGGUAACGGUGCUGUCGUGGCUGGGGAUUGCGCCGAAAGGAGUGGUUGACGUGCACGAGAUGCUGUUUGUGACGGCGGACUACUUGACCCGGGGAGGCGAAACGGGUAUAUUCACACCGAUGCAUAUGAUUAUCUGCAGGAAGCCCGAGAGUAAGUCGGAUUAG